AUGUUGUCCAGUCGAGUGUCCGUCUCAUCAGUUCCAGACAAGUCAACACUUGCCCCUGAGUCGGAGCACCAGCUGGCCAUCCAUCAGCUCAAUGAGCUCUACGGUGCCAUAACGAGCUGCACGGACAAACUCCAGACCCAGCACGACACCUGCAGAACAGAAGAGGCCGCUGCGAAGGGCUUCCUUCUCAACGCUCAGGUGGAGUACGAGGCCCUGACAAACCCGCCGCAGCCUUGCUACGGGCAAUUCAACGAUGGCCUCCUGGGGAAGCUCGAAGAUCACGAGGUGAUGAUGUCCUGCAUCGAGAAGAUCCAGGACUGGGCCAAGGCCCUGCGCAGUGGGGGGCCGAGGAAGAAGUCCAAUUACGACAAGGCCAAGGAGCGGUACAUCAAGAAGCUGGCAUCGUGCAGUAGCCUGCAGCAUCAGUUCGAGAGCAGCUUCUGCGAGCUCCGCACGACUGUGGACGACUCAUGCACGAGCCUGACGACGUGCUUCGAGCAGAACCUGGCCAUCUGGGAGAAGUCCAAGCCCGACUUCAAGACGCUCGAGGGCUCCCGCAAGGCCACUUUCCAGGCGGCGGAAAAGGUGCUGUGCCUGGUCACGGAGAUGUUGAAGCCCGUGGUGAAGGAGGCGGACAUCGCAAAGUGCGACAAGCUGAUGGUGGACACAUCCUCGCUGACCCUGCCCGCCUUCCGCAAAGCGCCACCCGCGCCCAUCUGCGACACCUCGGCCGUGGCCACCUUCCCCUGUGAGAAGGGCUUCCUUCCCCUGUACUACACCGGCCAGGACUGGUAUGACGCGGCCCCGACAGACCCGUGCACGCCCUGCACCUUCUCGCCGAGCACAACCGCAACCACCACCGGUACAAAUCCGCCCCCCUAA